UUGUGAGUCAUGUGUGUGGUGCAUUGAAUAGAGGACUUUUGGAGUAUCGCCACUUUGGGUUUCUAUAUUCAUUCCACUAUGAACCUCCGUUGACCUUUAGUACUCGAGCUUCAUCUCAUACACUGUGCUUGUUGCUAGUCGCUUUCCACUUUGUUUUACACAUAUCUUGUAUUCUCGUUGUCUUUGUCUUUGUCCCCUGCUUUCUUCGUGGGGUUAUAGAAGCUACAGUUCAUCCAUACGGCAUGGCACCGUUACUGGGGAGUUGGACCGCACCAUCUGCCGGUGAGCCCUCUAAGGCUCACCUCCAUACGUCUCCCCGAAAGAAUAUUCUUUAUGUUGAUGCAUAUGACUCCUUUUCUUACAAUGUGGUCGCCAUGCUUGAAGAGGUUCUGGGUGUCAAGGUCACUGUGAUAAUGAUUGACUCCGAGUGGCCAGAAGGGAACAUGGCCGAGUUUCUGCAAUAUUUCGAAGCCGUCGUCCUUGGGCCUGGGCCUGGAGAUCCAAAUGUUCCACAAGAUAUUGGGAUCAUGAGAGAUAUCUGGGCUCUGAGUCACGCUGAUUUGCUCCCUGUUUUCGGAAUAUGCCUUGGUUUUCAAAGUUUGUGUCUUCAUCACAGCAUUGCUAUAGAGCGUUUGCCAUACCCACUUCAUGGCCGGGUGUAUCGCAUAUCAACGGCUGAAAAGGACAUAUUCAAGAACCUACAAGAUGUGGAGGUCACUCUCUAUCAUUCUCUAUAUGCAAAGUUGGACGAUUCGCUUGAGGCAGCCUUGACCGAGUACAGUGACGAGCAGAUCAAAGCCAAUGCAGACUUAGAUCUUCUGGCUUGGCUGCCCAUCGAACAAGAUAACGGUUCUGAAAAAACUAUUAUUCCAAUGGCUGUGCGCCAUAAUGAAAAGCCGUUCUGGGGUGUUCAAUUUCACCCAGAAUCGUGCAAGUCGGACCGUGGAGUGUGCAGUGAACUACUAAGAAAGUGGUGGGAGAUGUCCUUAGACUACAACAAGGAGCACGGGCGCGGCAGUUACGGUACUCUGCCAAAAGACAUUAUAAGACGCCUAAGCGAUGUGAUCUCACUUCCGGAGAUAGCGUUUACCCUGUUGAAUUGGUGCGCGUCAACCUCGAGAUCUUCAGCUUUCCGUUCACUCACUACCAGCAGGCUAAAUGCUGAGUUUAUAUGUGAACGCCUAAAUGCGCCUGGGUCACCAACAGUGUUAUUUCAGUCCAACGGCAAGUAUAGUAUCAUAUCAGUUCCGGGCCCUACGAGCUGGAGAUUAGAAUACUAUGCCCAGACCGAGGCUCUCUUAGUGGAGAGAUUGCAAGGACAUUCCAAUGGGCACACAGAUUCCGGCAUUAAGAAGUCUUUGUCGGUGCAUGACUUAUGGGAGACGCUCAGAUAUCUCAUGGACAUGAAAAAGGUCGAGUCUGGAGAUGAUGCUGUGCCCUUUUGGGGAGGUUUUUUGGGCUACUUCUCAUAUGAGAUGGGACUCGCAUGUCUUGCUCGGCCGAAGACUCAUAGCAAUGACCAUUAUGGAUAUUUUCCCCCUCAAAGCCGUGUUGCUACUACUGAUCCAGCAGAUGUGAGUUUGCUGUGGACCGAAAGAAGCGUCAUCGUCGAUAACGAAACAGGACGCAUUACCAUACAGUCAACGCGCAACGCCGAUGAUAUAUCAACUGGUUGGCUUGACGAAACGUUACAAUACUUGACUGAGCUUUCCCAUGUAGGCGUGCUUGAGAAUCAGAACGCGAACCCUGAUACGGGCUCUUUGGACACCGUUCUAAGACAAUGCGUGAUACGUUUCCCCAACGAGCAAACAUACAAGAAGCAAGUCGAAGCUUGUAAAGCCGAGCUUGAAGCUGGCGAAUCAUACGAGUUAUGUCUUACUUGUGAAACAUCAAUUACCUUACCAUCACCUGGCACUGACAGCGAGCGUGUUGCUUUCCCUUGGAAGCUAUAUAAACGCCUUAGGGAAUACAAUCCUGCAGCCUUCAGUGCGUAUGCAAGAUUGGGCAGCGUCAAGGUUGUCAGUAGCAGCCCUGAAUGUUUCCUCAAUUGGGACCGCUCUUUCACGUUGGAAAUGAAGCCAAUGAAGGGCACUGUCCGAAAAUCGGCCAGCAUGACUAUGAAGAAGGCCAAGGAGAUACUAGGUUCAACAAAGGAAAUGGCGGAGAAUUUGAUGAUCGCGGAUUUGAUUCGCCAUGACCUUUACGGCAUCUGCGGUUCUGGAGGUGUGCGUGUUGAGAAGCUUCUUGAGGUAGAGGAUCACGGGCGUGUCUAUCAGAUGAUUACUCAUGUGAAAGGAGAUGUCGAUCCAAGCCGUCCGGGUCUUGCAGUUCGAAACUUGCCCCAUCUACAUUCGUCAAACAUGUCUGCGUACGGGCUUACAGCCUUACAAAGAUGUCUCCCUCCGGGAUCGAUGACUGGCGCGCCUAAGGAGCGUUCAUGCAUGCAUCUUAGCUUGAUCGAAGCUCGGAAACGUGGGAUCUAUUCCGGUGUUAUGGGCUUCCUAGACCUUGGGGGCGGAGGUAGUUUCUCAGUCCUUAUCCGCACGGCGUUCAGCUGUUCUGAUGACAAGGACAAUGAACAGACAUGGAGGAUUGGGGCUGGAGGAGCUGUGACCAUUCUAAGCACUGCUGACGGUGAAUGGAACGAAAUGCUGACCAAGCUUACCACUGUCUGUGGUGUGUUCGCGCCGUCGGAUCUACAGGGUUCAGGCAAGGUGUAAAAGCAUAACCACAUUCUAUCUAUCCUCCCUUCUCCUUCUUCUUUGAUUUAUUCGUUCUUUCUUGGUUCUUCUUGCCGAAGCCUACCUUUUUAGGUACAUGUUCAACAACAAUAUUCAACAGUUGCCGGUUUAGAUCAUAUGGGGUCAUAUUCAACAUUGAGCGUUGGGGUUUAGAGGCGUUUAGCUAUUCACAAGGUUUUCACUAUAUAGCAUCCUUGGUAGAAUCUAUCAGUCCAAAAGAUACCCUGAUUCAUGCUUG